AUGCCUCCACGCGCUACAAAGCGGGCUAGGAUCGAGGAGUCACCCGAAGAGCCAGAAGAAAACGAGCAGAGCGCUUCGCAUCUCGUCUCGUUUCUUACGGGAUACGAUAAUCGAGGGGAUGAUAGGGAGGGCUCGUCAGAUGGGGAGCAGCAUAACGAGGCGGGAUCGGACGCGGCGGAGGACCAGUACGAUGAGGACGUAGAUGAUGAGGAUGAUAGGGAUGAGGAGGAGGGCGGAACGCCGAUCAAGAAGUCGAAGCAUGGGCUGGUGGGGACGGCGAACGAGCGGGGAUCAUCACGGGGAACGGCAAGCCCGCGGUCCACACCUCGGAAACGGGCGACAACUCGCAAAAAGGUCGCAGCUACUCCUCUUAUCCAGGAGGGGGAGCCAGGCUUCGUACGGCCGUCGAAAGCGGACGCGUACUUUUCCGCUCACGCUCGGUCGGCUCGGACAUCGGGCAACUCGUACUCGGCGCUCGUCAAGCCUCUCACUCAGGCCGAGUAUGAGCUUUACGCUGGAGCAGCGCGGUCGAAGAGGGAGCGCAGUCAGGCGGUGGUCGAUGGGUUGCUGGACGACCUGGUGAAGAGGUUCGAGCAGUGGGAGGUGGAGCUGGAGGAGGGGUUCAACCUGCUUAUGUACGGGUUUGGGUCGAAGCGGAGGCUGUUGAACCGCUUCGUAACGGAGAGGCUAUGCCGGAAGGGGCAUUGCGUGGUGGUGAACGGGCACUUUCCGGGGCUGGGGAUCCGGGACGUUCUCUCGCAGAUCGAGGACACACUGGCGGUACCGCAAGACAUUCCCGUCCCGGCCACAGCGGCGACUCCACUCGAAAGGUCGGCGCACCGGCUCUACGCGUACCUCAUCCCGCCCGCGGCAAUCCCCUCUGCUAAGCGCAAAACCACCCAAGUCUCCGACAAAGACCUGUACCUGGUCAUACACAAUAUCGACGCUCCUUCUUUGCGGACCCCGCGCUCCCUCGCCAUCCUCUCCCUCCUCGCAUCCUCACCUCGGAUACACCUCAUCACAUCCUUUGAUCACCUGCAUACACCCCUCCUCUUCUCAUCCAGUAUCGCCAAGUCCCCUCCUCAUCUCUACGCUCCGGGGUCCUGGACUGGCGCCCCUCCCUCCUCCCGUGGCUUCAAUUGGCUGUACCACAACCUUACGACCUACGACGACUACGACCUGGAGCUCUCAUACCAGCGUCUAUCGGCAUCAUCUACCCUUUCCGGCUUGUCGAGCGGAACCAGCGGCGGUAUCUCCGAGGAAGGCGCUUUACAAAUUCUGCGUUCCGUCCCCACUAUGGGUCUCCGUCUCCUCACACUCCUGCUAUCCAAGCAACUCGCAUCCCUUCCUCCCAACCCCUCGAGCCAUACGGCUUACCCCGCCAACCCGGUCGCGCCUGUCUUCGGGAUAGAGAAUGAUAUCUUGGCGAAAUUGGCGAAGGAGAAGUUCAUCGCGAGGGAGGAUGAGAGGUACGCGGCGUUGAUGGGAGAGUUCAAAGAUCACGGGCUGGUGGUGGAGGCGUUGUUGGACGCGGAGGGGAGGCAGGGGAGGUGGGUGUGGAUACCGCUGGGCAAGGCGGCACUGGAGAGGGUGAUACAGGAGAUGGGGGGUGUAGACAGCGGAUCAUAG